CUCACGGCUGGAGAAACACGCGCUUCCACCUCCGUCCCGCUCCUUCAUCAAAUAAAGACAAACACACAGCAAACUCGUUGAGCGUUUGACUUUGACUCUAGGUUGAGAGCAACUCUUUAACUGAGGAAGAUGUCUAAGAAGAUCUCCCAAUUCUCCGUCAAGGAUCAGUCGGAGCACAAUCAGCCUCCCGGCCGUACAGCGCUUGGUUCUCGGAAAAAGGCAGAACCUGGCCAGAAAAACGGGGAGACGUCGUCAUCUCCGGAGAACGGGAGCUUGAACGGGGAGGGAAAGCGCGGCGGGAAAAGCCGCCGUCGCAGGAAACGCUCAUCCAACCCCGGGAGUUGCCCCGAGGGGAAGGCGGACGAAGUGAAAAGCGAGGGGAAGCCUGACGCCCGUGGCGGUCACCCGCCCGACCAGCGUGCCGUGAUGAUGGGUUUGCAGUCGGAGUGCGGCAACGUGUGGUUUGAACGCAGCGUUUACGAGCAGGCCGAGAACCUCUACCACUGCUGGCUGGCCAACAAACGUCCCAAACAAGCGUCUGGAUCGAAACCCUCAGGGAAACGAUCGAACGCCGCGCCCGCUCCGUCUCCCUCUCGACCGGCGUGUCACCACGGCGAGCAGGUGGCCUGCCACCACGUCAUACAGACGGCAUGGAUCAACAAGACGACUUUCGACCAGGCAGAACGCUGCUUCGUUGAAGAAUCGGUUCAACCGUCGGUUCCAAACUCUCUGAACCUAAACGAACCGUCUAACUUCUCCGCUGCAUCGAGGACACCCGAUGAAGGGUAUCAGUCUUUGACCCCGACUCCUGCGACGCCCGUCCAGACGGCUGCGGUCACGCCCACCGCUCGGCAGUCCAUCAACGGGCUGCCCGUGGAGCUGCUGAGGGAGGUGUGGCUGGACAAGCCUCUGUACGACCGCGCCGAGGCCGCGUUUUACCAAAACCUUUACGGCAACAACUCCUUCAAACGCCCGGGCUGCGCCGCCACCUCCAGAAGCAGCYAGCACCCUCAGAGCCUCGUGGAGGAAGAGGAGGAGGAAGAUGACGAGGAGCUGGCGACGGAAGAGAAACCGAUGGCGCCGCAGAUCAAAGCGGAGGUUUUCCACGCUCUUCACCCGAUCCAGGAGGAAGAGGAGCCGGCCGACAUCCCCGAGGCGGAGGAAGAGUCGGGAGUGCGCUUCUUCCUUCACCCCAGCAGCGAGCGGGUGUGGCUGGACAAGGGGCGGUACGACGCUGCGGAGAGCCGCUUCCAUGGCGGCGGCGGCGGGGACAAACACCGUGCGGCGACAAAGAGUCGGAGGCCAGAAGCAGAAACUGCAUGUGUUGCCCCUGCGGCCACACAAAGGGACAAAAAAAUGAGCUCGGCGGAUUUUCUGGUUCAGGAGAAGAUCUGGUUUGACAAACCUCGUUACGAUGAGGCAGAGAGACGGUUUUAUGAACGGAUGAACGGGUCGACACAAACCACACAGGUAACAUUCUGUACUGGUCCUGUUCUGGGUUUAAAGAUCGUAAAACGUGCGUCAUGUUGGAUCGUUGUGUCUCUGCAGAGCGCCGGCAACAACAGCGCAGCCGAUCAGGGAGAAUUCAUUUCUCGCAUCAAGAGUCUGGAGCUGGAGAACCAGAGUUUACACAAAGUGGUGGAUGACCUGCGAGUGGCUCUCGCCAAACUCGAAUGUCGAGUUUCAGUUCUUGAGAAGAGUCCGGCUCCCGUGGCUCCAGCUCCCUCUGUCCCCUGCACGAAUGGUUUGACCGUCCAACAGAAGAGCAGAGCUCCAGUUAAAGACGAUGAAGACGACGACGAUGACAUCGACCUSUUUGGCAGCGAUGAAGACGACGAAGAGGCAGAGAAACUUAAAGAGCAGAGACUGAAAGAAUACGCAGAGAAGAAGGCGAAGAAGCCAGCCAUCAUCGCCAAGUCCUCCAUCCUACUCGACGUCAAACCUUGGGACGAUGAGACGGACAUGGCGAAGCUGGAGGAAUGCGUGCGCUCGGUCCAGGCCGACGGUCUGCUAUGGGGGACGUCCAAACUGGUCCCCGUGGGGUACGGCAUCAAGAAGCUGCAGAUCGCAUGCGUGGUGGAAGACGACAAGGUGGGCACGGACCUGCUGGAGGAGGAGAUCACCAAGUUUGAAGACUACGUUCAGAGUGUUGAUGUAGCAGCGUUCAACAAGAUCUGAUCCCCUCCUGUCUUUACGCCUCGCCUUGUUUCUCUGCUGGAUGUGUCAACGGUUAAUAAUAAAACCAAUUCUUGCACUGAA